AUGUGCGACGUCCCUUUCAUCCCAUUCCUACCUAUCUGCUUCCAAUGCGGCACCGAUCAGAAUCCGUGUCAUUGUAAGGUGGUCGGGCCGACGCUCGGUCGUUUGCUGGCCCGCUUCGAUCUUUUGCGGUUGUGGAUGCACACAGACUGGGAGAGAUGUGUUGGGAUACCCGGUCAAACUGAAUGGGAAAGUCAGUAA